AAUUAUGAUUGUGUAUUUUUUAUUUAAAGUGAUCGCAAAUAAAUUUAUUACUAUUAAUGAAGUACAAUUAAUCCCACCUCUACCACUCAUUCGAGGUACUAAUGUCAAUUUAAAAGGAAUUGUACACAUUCAUAAAAAAAUUGACUGGAUGAUGGCAAAAUUUUUAAUUACAUAUAAUUUUCGUCACGAACUUAAUAUCACAUUUGUUGAUGAGAACUUAAAUGGAUGUGAUCUUAUUGCUGAUAUACUAAAACAAAACUGUCCACUACUUCCUGGAAGAUACAAUUUAAGUGCAACUCAAGAAGUUUUAAAGCUAUAUUGGCCAGGUUUUUAUGAAGGAAAAUUCACUAUUUACAAUGAAAAUGGAGAUCAACUGUUUUGUGAGGAAAUGUCGCUUCUUAUGAAAUAAAGAAAAAUUUAAUGAUAAAAAUAACUCUUGAAAAUAAGUAGAAUACUCGACUCUUAAAUUUUAUUUUAUCUUGCCCAGCUUUGCGUAGGCAAGAACUAGGUACUCAAUUUGUCUG